AUGUUAACGAUUGCAGAGGGGGUCGAUAUUAUUGCCCCGCACUUUGAGGCUCAUAAAAGUGUUGACGAAGCUAGUCAAAGGCACUGUAUUCUCUCAGAGAUCGCCGCCCAUCCUGACUUACACAACGGGCACUGUAAUCUCUCAGAGAUCGCCGCCCAUCCUGACUUACACAACAGGCACUGUAAUCUCUCAGAGAUCACCGCCCGUCCUGACUUACACAACAGGCACUGUACUCUCUCAGAGAUCGCCGCCCAUCCUGACUUACACAACAGGCACUGUACUCUCUCAGAGACCGCCGCCCAUCCUGACUUACACAACAGGCACUGUACUCUCUCAGAGAUCGCCGCCCAUCCUGACUUACACAACAGGCACUGUACUCUCUCAGAGAUCGCCGCCCAUCCUGACUUACACAACGGGCACUGUAAUCUCUCAGAGAUCGCCGCCCAUCCUGACUUACACAACGGGCACUGUACUCUCUCAGAGAUCGCCGCCCAUCCUGACUUACACAACAGGCACUGUACUCUCUCAGAGAUCGCCGCCCAUCCUGACUUACACAACGGGCACUGUAAUCUCUCAGAGAUCGCCGCCCAUCCUGACUUACACAACGGGCACUGUACUCUCUCAGAGAUCGCAGCCCAUCCUGACUUACACAACAGGCACUGUACUCUCUCAGAGAUCGCCGCCCAUCCUGACUUACACAACAGGCACUGUACUCUCUCAGAGAUCGCCGCCCAUCCUGACUUACACAACGGGCACUGCACUCUCUCAGAGAUCGCCGCCCAUCCUGACUUACACAACAGGCACUGUACUCUCUCAGAGAUCGCCGCCCAUCCUGACUUACACAACAGGCACUGUAAUCUCUCAGAGAUCGCCGCCCAUCCUGACUUACACAACAGGCACUGUAAUCUCUCAGAGAUCGCCGCCCAUCCUGACUUACACAACAGGCACUGUACUCUCUCAGAGAUCGCCGCCCAUCCUGACUUACACAACAGGCACUGUACUCUCUCAGAGAUCGCCGCCCAUCCUGACUUACACAACAGGCACUGUACUCUCUCAGAGAUCGCCGCCCAUCCUGACUUACACAACAGGCACUGUACUCUCUCAGAGAUCGCCGCCCAUCCUGACUUACACAACGGGCACUGUAAUCUCUCAGAGAUCGCCGCCCAUCCUGACUUACACAACGGGCACUGUACUCUCUCAGAGAUCGCCGCCCAUCCUGACUUACACAACAGGCACUGUACUCUCUCAGAGAUCGCCGCCCAUCCUGACUUACACAACGGGCACUGUAAUCUCUCAGAGAUCGCCGCCCAUCCUGACUUACACAACGGGCACUGUACUCUCUCAGAGAUCGCCGCCCAUCCUGACUUACACAACAGGCACUGUACUCUCUCAGAGAUCGCCGCCCAUCCUGACUUACACAACAGGCACUGUAAUCUCUCAGAGAUCGCCGCCCAUCCUGACUUACACAACGGGCACUGUACUCUCUCAGAGAUCGCCGCCGAUCCUGACUUACACAACAGGCACUGUAAUCUCUCAGAGAUCGCCGCCCAUCCUGACUUACACAACAGGCACUGUACUCUCUCAGAGAUCGCCGCCCAUCCUGACUUACACAACAGGCACUGUACUCUCUCAGAGAUCGCCGCCCAUCCUGACUUACACAACGGGCACUGUACUCUCUCAGAGAUCGUCGCCCAUCCUGACUUACACAACAGGCACUGUACUCUCUCAGAGAUCGCCGCCCAUCCUGACUUACACAACGGGCACUGCACUCUCUCAGAGAUCGCCGCCCAUCCUGACUUACACAACAGGCACUGUACUCUCUCAGAGAUCGCCGCCCAUCCUGACUUACACAACAGGCACUGUACUCUCUCAGAGAUCGCCGCCCAUCCUGACUUACACAACAGGCACUGUAAUCUCUCAGAGAUCGCCGCCCAUCCUGACUUACACAACAGGCACUGCACUCUCUCAGAGAUCGCCGCCCAUCCUGACUUACACAACAGGCACUGUACUCUCUCAGAGAUCGCCGCCCAUCCUGACUUACACAAUGGGCACUGUAAUCUCUCAGAGAUCGCCGCCCAUCCUGACUUACACAACAGGCACUGUACUCUCUCAGAGAUCGCCGCCCAUCCUGACUUACACAACAGGCACUGUACUCUCUCAGAGAUCGCCGCCCAUCCCGACGACUUUUCCUUCAAAAAUUCUAUCACAUUCUCUCGUGUGAAUGCUGCUAACGUGCAGGACAAGGAGCCCACCUUCAAAGAAGUAAAUUGA